CCUCCAUCCCUCCUUCCAUCCUCCUCCUCCCCAAGCGGGGGCGGUGUCGCGGCCGCCCCGCCCCGGCCCCGUGCGGCCCCGGGAUGCUGCGGGGGAGCGCGGCGAGGUGCCGGGGGGGCCGGGCGGAGCAGCUCCGGUCUUGCUUUCUGGACUUGUCAGCCUUGUGGACUCCUGUGCACACCUCUUCAGCAAUGAAUAGAUCAAUAGGAUUUAACAUCUCUGUGGUCACCUGCUGCAUCUUGCUCCUGUCCUCCAGGCCACCAUGCCUUGCCUCUCCGCUCCCGGAGCAGAGCGACACGACAAAGGUCCAGCAUGGCCUGUGGGCAGGGAAUGGGGUAGAAGAUGAAUGGACAAGCAUGCCAAACUUAAAUAACCUGGGCCCUUCUGAGCAAACUGUCUCUGAAGAGCCAUCUGGAGUGUCAGCAAAGCCAUCUGGGAUGCCCUUAGAUGAAGCCUUCACUGCAGGAGGAGAAACGUGGCCUGUAAGCCCAAGCCAUGUCUUCCUUGGCAGCCAGAGCCUGGGUGUUAGCACCCCUGCUGUGGCUGCUGUGGAAGAGAAGGAGCUCAGCCCCACAAAAUCAGAACUGGAUGAAAAUGGAGAGUUCAAGGCCAUGCUGACCACAGCUGUGACCACACUGAACCCCUCUGUCCAGGAGGAAUCUGUCAGCAGUCCCAUCAGCAAGGCCACCACGGAGGACUGUGAGGUAGGGCAGGGCUCUGCCAGUCUCUUGGCGAAUCCCCUUUCUGUGACAGCAGCAGCAGAGGAGGGGACAGCAGAGAGCAGCCUGCACCCCUCUGCUGCACCCCAACCCCACAGCGAGGGGGUGCCCUUGCUGCACCCCAGCACUCCCGGCCUGGAGAUGUUUGGUGACCACCUCAUCCCAACUCCACAGGCCUCAAGUGCAAGCUCUGAGGUGGGAACACUAAAAGCAACCACAGGGAGCACUCUGAGGCUACUGUCUGCACAAGGAACCAUUACUGCAAGCCACCCCCUUGUGACCACCGAGGCCUCAGUCCAUCUGGAGGCGGAUGUGGGUGCUGGGCAAGGAGAGCUGCCCACCACAGCUAGCACCAUCACCGGCCAUCCUACUGGCUCCAUGCUGCCUGACUGGGAUGACACAAAACCAGGGAAUAUAAGUCAAGGGGGAAGCAUGCAGUAUGAGGAGGUGGGAGAGGACCGAGUGGCAAUGGAAACUUCCCAAACCCCACUGGGAAGUGAGGAGGAGGAUGUUGUAAGAGUGGUUCCAUCCCCAGCAUCUGCUCCACCAACUCCAGGGCUCACCAAGGAGAGCAAUUGCACAGCUCCAGCAGUGCAUGGGGAUGGUGUGCUGGUCACUUCCACAGCCAGCAGCGAUGUUCCCCUCACAGUGGACUUGCCAGGUGUAGGCACAGCUGGUCUGAACUCUCUGGAAAACAUAAACGUGGUCACAGCAGAGGAGAAGAGCAUCCCUCCAUCACAGCCAGAGGCUGUUGUGAUGACAGAUGCAUCUGAUCUCUCUUCUACUCUGGAAAGCUCACUGAAAGGUGCUACUCAGGAGGUGACAACUGCCGCCCAGGAGGCUGAUGCUGCUCUGUCGGUUGUGACGCUGGCACCCACUGCUCCCCAGGGAACAGGAGCCCCAAGCUUUCCCCAGGAAACCAGUGGGGAGGACACCCAGAUGCCAACUGCUCCUGGUGCCACCCAGAUGCUGACAGCAGCUGGCAGCUCCACAGCAAGACCUCCUGAUGUAGAAGACUUUGCAGAUGUGAUCCUGGUCACCAGCGAGAUGGUUGCUUCAGCUCCUGGCGGGCUGUCUGCUACCCAUCAUGGGCAGACAGAAGAGCCAUCCAGCAGAACUGUGGUCCUGGUAACUCCAGCAUCAGUGGCAUCUUCUGUCAGGAGGACAGCUCUUCCAGCCGUGAGGAAGAUCAGCACUGCUGUAACCUACGGGCUGGACCGGCUGGAGUCAGAAGAGGGUGAGGAAGAAGAAGAGGAUGAAGAGGAGGAGGAAGAAGAGGAGGAGGAAGAGGAAGAUGAAGAGGACAAAGACAUAGAUUCAAUGGAUGAAAGCUUGGAAGGUGACACGGAGCUGCUGGGUUUCACACUUCCAGGCGAGACCUCCCAGGAGCCCUUAGCUGGCCUGGAAAACCCCGCAGCCCAGCUGGCCGGGGUGUCCUACCAGGUUCCCGACACCAUGGAGUGGGAGCAGCAGAACCAAGGUCUGGUGAGAAGCUGGAUGGAGAAGCUGAAAGAUAAGGCAGGAUACAUGUCGGGGAUGCUGGUUCCUGUAGGAGUCGGGAUAGCUGGAGCCCUCUUCAUCCUCGGAGCGCUCUACAGCAUUAAGAUAAUGAAUCGCCGGAGGAGAAAUGGCUCGAAGAGGCAUAAAAGAAAGCAGAGAGAAUUUAACAGCAUGCAAGACCGAGUAAUGCUCUUAGCCGACAGCUCCGAAGACGAAUUUUGAAUCGAACUGCAGUGCCCUUGUGAUAUCCAGUGACUUUUAAAAGGAGGGAGGGGGAGGAUAAGAAGGAAGGACUUUCUGCUGCAUCGAUGCUCUCAGCCACCCCAAACACCAAGCAGUGGUUGGUACCACCCCGGCGAACCAGGCAUGCUAUGCUCUACGUGCACCGCACAGUGAUGUUUGUUUUGGUACCGUAGUGAGAUUUCACAUUCGCACCCGGCGCCUCAUUCAGAUCCGCAGCGCGUCUUGUUACAGCGGGAGCUGAUCUGUACGGAUGAUUAUUUUCCUAUUACCCCCGUGUACUAUUUCGGUCCUUGGCUGGCAGUAAUCUAAUCAUAACAAUAGCUCUCACCUAACCUGGGAAUGGAAAUCUUUGCUGUGAAUGACUUCUGUCCAAUUUGUUAAUUUUAAAUGUUACAUUACCUGAGCUAGAGUUCAUUAGUGCUGAGAUUAGCUGCUCUGCUUAAUUAAUGAGUUAUCCACUUGAACUGUAUCCCUCGUCACCUGAGAAGUGCCCACGUACCGUGUUGUUGAUACAGUUUGAAGCACAUUUCUACGCUCUGUUCCCCGAUUCCCGCCCCUUCUUUUACAAGCCCUCCCUUCAGCUCUGCUCCACGCUUCUUGGAAACACACGGGAAUGGCCUCAACACUUGAUUCACGACAAAAAUCGUAGUCCAUUUUCAACCAGCACUGUCUGUUACAGCACAAUAAAUACCAGCGCUCACGUACUGACGGGUAGUCUUGCAUGGAUCUCUUAGCUUUUGUUCAGUGUGCAGGUAGGUAAAAGGAAAGACAGGUCAGAGGUUGCCUCAUCCUCUGCCCCCUGUUUGUAGGCACUAGUGAUUGCUUCACCCCUAACCCAAGGCUGCGUUCACACAGCGGUGGAAGCGGAGUCUGCCUCCUUUCCCAACUGCGAGUUGCAUUUUCAGCCCCUGAAAGCUUUAUGAAAACUUUGAGAGAUCUGGCGGGUCUUGUCUCCGUGCCACCAAAAGCAGGAAGGCACCAAAGGUGGCUGAGCUGCCGAGGUACUGAGGGACUCAUGGCUAAUGGGGGGAUGCUUGGAAAGAAGCAGCUGCCCCAGCCGGAGCAGGGGAUCUGGUCGAGGUGGGAACGUGGGGGAAGAGGUGAAGCUGUAGGAUGGACAGCUGCAGAGGGCUGUGGAGGUGAAGCAUGGGGUGAGGGCAAGCCUCCGUGCUGCUGGCAUCAGGGUGCAGAGGGGCACAGCCAGUGCCUGACCUUCCAGGAACCGAGCAGGGGAAGGUAGUGGUACUUUGCACAGUCAAAAUAGCUAAAAACAAAGGGCUGCAUUUCUUUCUUUCUCUUGCCGGUUGUGCAAUGACUCUUUUAUCUUACAUUUAUGCAAAAUAGUCAUGUUUCCAAGGUGGAAAUCACUGUUCUGUGGGGAACCAUCCUUCAUACAAGGAACAGCGGCUGUCACCAGAGGAGACCUGAUUAAAGAAAAAAGGUCAGACAGCAUGUGUACCGAGACAAGUCCCGCCGAGUCUUUGAGGAGGUGGAAGUGUGUUUGAGGAGCACCCACGCAGGGCUUCAUCCUUUGUAAAGAUGAAGAGGCCUGUCAGGUUGCCAAGACAGAUGUAGGUGACGGUAAGCAAACGUCUCGUGGGUUUGCAUGGUAGAGACAACACUCAGAAGACCAGACCAGAAGAGCCUGAAGCUCAGUUCUCUCUUCAGAAGGUCAGGGCCUCCUGGGCAUUAAGUCAUCAGAUGGAUGUUGAGCUCCAGGCAAGCGAUGCUCUUCAGAGCCCAGGGACUUUCCUGUAGGUCUUCUCCUCACAUCUAGUGAGAAGACCAAGUAGGACAACCUAUAUUCCAAAUGCUGCUACCGAUGCUAGUCUUCCAGCCCAGGAGCUGUGCGAGGCCCUCACAUCCAUCCCACCGAGUGCGUGGGGAGCAGACUGGGGGAGGCAGAGGACAAACCUGUCCCUCAGCACACCGGGCUGUCUCCACUCCCCAGUCCCUCUAGGACAGGCUCUCCCAGCCAGGGCUCCAUUCCUCUCCCCUUCUCAUUCCUGAAAAUUCAUCAGGAGAAUUUUGCCGUGCAAAAAGCAGCCCAGAUCUCUUGACAAUGGCUGACUGGCAGCCCACUGUUAAGUCCAGUUGCCCCAGUCCAAAACUGAGGCUUCUUUCAUCACAGGUGGUCAGUCCAGGCUAGGAGCUUUCCUUCUGGACUGAUCUAUCCCUGUUUCCUUCUCAUUUCUAAAUCUCUUGGAGCCUGGAGAUGGUUGGGAGGUGUUAACAGCCCAGUUUAGCAUUGCUUAGUCUUGGCAGCUGGGGUUUGGGGAACCGGGAAACAUUUUCCCUUAGGCUUUUUGAUGACGUGUCCCUGACAGGUUGUGAGGUGGGGUGACUGGUCCCCUGUUCUGCUCUGCUUGAGAUCACCUCCAAAAAAGCUUGUGAGGUGCAGCACCAAGCAGACAAGACCAUGCAGGCAGCUGCAAGAUACUUUGAGGAGCGUGGUCCGGCAGGCCGGGCAGGCACGUGGUGGCUACGGGCACUGCCCUGCCUGUGUGAGGGGGUCUGUCAUGGAGCUGGGCGGGCUGAGGCCUCUGCGCACAACUGCAGCUUGAUUAGAGACCUGAGCUAACGUUGGAAAGGAGGAGCUGCUGGUGAUGCUGCCAAAUAGUACCACUGAGAUCCAAACAGCUGGGGAUCAGCGGGGUUUGGUGCAGCUUCAGCCUGUGAAGGGCAGCCUCCUCUCACUUCCCUGCUAAGAGUAAUGUGCCUGUGCGGCCGGCGAUAACCGCGCAUGUUGCGUUAAGGGCGGACAAUACGCCCAGCUCCUGGCCAGCGAGGAGGAGGGAUGGCUGAGCGAGGCGCUGAUCUGAAUGCAAACACCGCAGCCCUGGCAGAGCUCUUUGGGCGGGUUGUCAAACUGAUGGAUGGGAAAGGCUGGUGGGGAGGCACCGCGGCCUUUCGUUGUGCUAAUAAAUCCUCAGCUUGGGAAACGCUAACUUUCCACAGUGGCAAUCAGUUUUGCUCUCUCUCUUCUCCCUCCCCAACAUAAUGAAUUGAAAUUAAAGGCAGUGCUGCCUGUCAGGGUGACAAAGGCGGCGUCUGGGUGCAUCGGCCGGCUGUCCUGGUGUCUGUGAGAGCGAGGACAUGGCGUGGGUGGCCGUGACACUGGACAUCAGCUGUGCCCCGAGUGGGCUGACAUCGUUGCAGCUAUCUGAGUGACUGUUCUGUGGGUAUGGUGGGAUGAACUGGGCAAGCUGUAGCCAAGUGGGAUGUCCAGCCAAACGCACGGUUCGCUCUUGGCUCUGUGGUCUGUGCUGGAGCCCAGUUUGUGGGCUGGGAGGGCUGCCCAAAGACUUUGCUUGUGGUCCAGCUUCACUCUCAGGACUGGCUGUGGCUCUGAAUGCUGCUGUGCCGUGGCAUCGCUCCCAGGUUUGUCAGCCAAGGGCAUGGUGCCUUGGUUGGGAGCUGCUGCUCUCAGAAGUUUUCUGUUGGCCAACGUCAUGGGCAGCUCAGCAGUGCAGAGAGCUCCCCACCAAAAUCCAUUUGAAGUACAGGUGUUUAAUAGUUACUUUUGGUAAGGCAUCUGCCCCAGAGCCUGGAUGCUCCCCACAUCUUCCAAUUCAGUUCUCCUUGGAGUGUAGGCAAGAGGGACAGCCAAAACCAGCCAUAGGUGCCAGUGAAACAUGUGGGAGCUUUUGGAGCACAGACAGGGUUUUCUGCAGUGCCCCUGAUGUCAGUGAAAUUUCUUCAGGUCCUUAAAGCACAAACAGCUCCCAGCUCCUUCUCCUCUCAUCCAAGGCCAGUAGACUUUGGACCAGGCUCUUGAAAAUAUUCUGUACACAGUUCCUGGAGUUAGAUUCAUUUGCUUGAAAUUGUCAGGUUGCUGAUGGGGCAGGGAGAGGGUUUCAGGUGGGAGCCAAAGCCUCCGGUCUCUUAAAGCUCUACUGUUUAAUUUAUACUUCCACAUUUCUAAAAUAAACAGCAAACAAACAGACUCUUUUGAAAAAUAGAGUACAAAGCAAAUCAGCAGAGAAGUGCCCUCUGGCCCUGCAUGCUCUGUGCUGGGCGACCCACGGGAUGCUGAACACAGAGGUGGGUCAUGCCAACCCUAGAAGCCUGAGCCCCGCAACAAGGCACAGCUGCAAUGCCGACUCUGCUGCAGCAAUAACCAUCUCCUGACCUGGCACAAGACAAGCAGCUCACCUCUGUUUCCCUGUGGAUGCCCAGUUUGGGAUUUCCUGAUAGCACAAGCCAGAAUUUGUUGUUGGCAUCAUGCCACCCUGUUAGCAUGUACAGCCCCAUCUCCAGCGGGAGGAACCAGCCCGCCUGGGGUGCAAUUCUUGCCCUGAAGUGGUCCUGCGCCCCACAGCUGCUGGUUUGUAAAGGUGUCUCCAAGGCCAGAUGUUUACCCUAGGUGAGGUUCCUUUGGACUGCACUGCUUCCAUAGAGUGAUAUUAGCAGUCCUUGUGCUUUCUUGUGGUUUUCUAUUUUGGAUGAGACCAACUCCUCAUACUGUAACUAUGGAAUGUAGCACUUUGUUAAAUUAAAACAUUGGAAAAUAAAAAGCUGUCCAUCAUAGCCAACUUUAA